AUGGCUCUUUAUGAGGCAAAUUACCAUCAUGAGAUAUAUAAGAUCUCUGACUACAGCAAUGAUGUUAAUGGGGAGACCAAAGAAACACAACCAGUUUUUUUAGGGGAUGAAAGCCGGGAAAUUAAAAAACAAAUUACAGGGAUGAGGAGAUUACUGAAUGACAGCACUGGAAGAAUCUAUCAACGCGUUGGCAAAGAAGGAGAAAAACUGAAGGAGGAGCCCCAAGAUUUAGACUUAUCCUGGGCCCAGCGCCUGAAUCCCCCUGCUGAGUCCCAGGCCAGCCUUCAUCCUUCACAGAGCAGUUCAUGGAAUGAAUUAUCACCCCAACCCAGCCAUUUUUCAGGGCAAUACGGGACUCGAUCCAGAACGUUCCAAAAUCAAACACGAAUCGCGGCAUCCAACGGAGAAGUCCCAGUGGUGAAUUCAUCAAUUGGACCAAACUGCUGUACAUGUAAUUGCCAGUCAACCCUACAGGCUAUUCUUCAAGAGCUCAAGACCAUGCGAAAAUUGAUGCAGAUUCAAGCAGUUGGGACUCAAAACAGACAGCAGCCUCCUGUUCCCCUGAUUUGUGCACAGAAGUCGACAAUAUCAAGAAAGAGAAAUAAAAAGAAAAAACUGCCCCUCAAAACUGUUGAACCAGUUACUGGAAAUAGGAAACCCAACGCCGCAGAGAGCGAAAAGAAGCUAUCGGCAAACUCGGAACGAUCAAGUCUGCAAGCAGAUGAACCCCCCCUAAAACCAGAAACCCCUGUUUCAGGAUUUGGAAUUAUCCUUGAAUCGGCUUCAUCAGAUCCAGAAGUGCAACUUGCAGAAGGCUUUGAUGUCUUCAUGCCCAAAUCCCAGCUGGACUCUAUAUUAUCAAACUACACUCGCUCAGGAAGUCUGCUCUUUAGGAAGCUGGUCUGUGCAUUUUUUGAUGACAAGACUUUGGCUAACUCUUUACCAAAUGGCAAAAGGAAAAGAGGCCUCAAUGACAACCGGAAAGGACUAGACCAAAAUAUUGUGGGUGCAAUAAAAGUCUUCACAGAAAAAUACUGCACUGCUAACCAUGUGGAUAAACUUCCUGGUCCCAGGGACUGGGUCCAGAUUCUUCAGGAUCAAAUUAAACUGGCAAGAAGGCGAUUAAAAAGAGGCUCAGCAGAGGCAACUGACUGUGAUGAGAAGCCGGACAUUUCUCUACUACAAACAGGUAACCUUUUUGACACCACAACAGAUCAUCUGAUAGAUGCAAACCCAGAUUUUUCAGCUUGAAUUUCCCAGCCUGCGUCAGUGUUCUUAGUGGAUAGAAACAUCCUCUCCUUCUAAUAAUGUUCCCUCAAGGAUUGGCAUGAGAACUUCAGUAUUCCUCAAGACAUGGACAGCCAUACCACUUUCUCUUCAAGUUUGUGUUGUUUCAUGUAUUUUCCCUGUAACCUCAAAUAACAAAACCGCCAGAUUGCUUCACUGUUCUUCACUGUAAUUAAAAAUUAUUUCCCUCCAUAUCCAAUGCAUUAUUGAAUUGGCAGGGUAUCCACUCUGAAGACAUUCUCUUGCCUUUGUUAUUCCUCCAUGAUUGUGUUUGUCCAUGUGAUUGUAUCCUUGCCAGCAGCGUUUUGUCUGAAGCCAGGCAGA